AAGCUUCCAUGAGCCAGAUAGGCGAGUAUUCCCAUGCAGCCUGUGGGUGCCUAGCGCUCGGACUACGACUGUGCAUCGGUGUGCAUAAAACGGCCAGUACUCGACUCUUGCUGGCUGCAUCACCUACGUGUUGACCUCGCCCAUCUUCGACAAACCAACUGACUGGCAAUAUGGCUCGCUCCGGCUCAAACCUUGCGCCCCCGCCAUACACCCGGUUCCAAGACACCCCGCCAUGCUACGAUCCCGAGAAGGCGUUGGCCGAGUUCAACGCACUCUCGUCCGACCAGAAGUCCCGAGUCAGCAUAGGCAUCUCGCAAGCCGCGAGUCAGACAGACGCAUUGCCGUACUUCAAGGACGCUGCAGACGCCGCCGCCAAGGCCGCCGAGGAGAUCGACACCAUGUUCAUCACCCUAACCUCAAAACUGGUCAGCCUCGAGGGUACGCAGAAGUUCCAAGCCGACUUCAAGGUGAUGAAGGAGCAUUACCGCAGUGUUGUGUCGGAAUCGCGUGACCUGGCUAUUGGCAUCGCACAAUACGCUGAAUCUUUCGACAGCGUCGUGGUGAAAUUCUGCGCAGACAGCAGACUUACGGUAGAGCGGCGUAAGGAGAAGAUCAAUCAAUACAUUGCGGACUGCGACAAAACGAAGACAGCUGCGGAGGGCAUAUUGGUCAAGUUCGGAGACCUGAAAGAAGAGUUCGCCAAAUUUGUCGGUAGUUUCUCGACGUGGGCGAAGGAACGUGAGGAGGCGGAUCAGGAGAAGAUCAAGCAGCUGUACAAGGAGAUCACGGACAUCGACGACAGUUUGGACGCCAUAGAAUCCGCAAUGAGAGUCAUCGGUUCGUCCUUGGUGGUCACACUGCCUACGACGACAAUGCUGGCUCUUCUUUUCCCGCCCGCUGCUCCGUGGAUCAUGACGGUCGGCCUCAGCCUUGCUGGGGUUGAGCUUGCUUCCCUUGCGGGGCUCGCCAUCGCGAGAACCGCUCUGCUUAAUGACAAGCGCAAAAAGGAACGUGCUGUUGCGGACCUGCAGAGCGAGAUUAGCAAGAUCAAGGCGACGCGCACACAGCUCGAGCAAGACGGCCAGGCCGCCCUCCUCAUCUUCACCACCAACAUCGAUGCGCUCUCAAGGAUCUGGGUCCAAACACGGAACGAUGCGCAGGAAAUUCGCAAAUGGCUCGAAGAGGGAGCGAGCUCUGCUGACACCCCCGUAUAUAUGAAGCAAGCGCUGGAACACAGCGUGCAGGUUUACACUACCAUGGCACAGUACUUGAAGGACUACGCAAACGGCGUCACCACGGCUGUGAAGAACUUCAAGGCCUAGAAUCCCUGGUAUACGCUAUAUCUUGCAGUGCUUCAUGACCGUCAGCCGAAUUGCAUGUACU